GUAUGUGUUACUUUUGACUUUAAUUUGGGAACACUGUUUUAAUACUAUUUUCAUUUUGCACUGUCAACACUACGGGUCAUAGCAACAAAAUGUAAUGAUUGCAGUCUGCUGUCGUUUUUUCAAGCUCGGUGUCGUGUGGGGUUUGGUGUGUUAUUUACUUAAUUAUUUUUAUAGAUAUUAAUAAAGGUUAGAUGAGGAAAUAUAAAAUGUUGAAAAUAAUGUGAAUAAUAUAAAAAUCGAGUAAUUGUGCGUAUUUACAUCACUCACGUUGGUUGAAAUUCAAUAAAGAACAAAACAUUUCUUGUCUUCCAAUUCCAUAUAAGAUAAAAGCUUAUCUUAAGCAGAGCGUAAAGAUGUCAACACGCAAUUUUUAUGAAAUUUUAAAUUCGCAGUCGAACGCAAGCUAUGAAGAAUUAAAAGAGAAUUACAAACAAUUAAUUCUACAAUGUCAUCCAGAUAAAUUACUACAAGAUAUUAAUGCGCAUAAAGAUACAAAUUCUACAACAACAGCAACAGCAACAGCAAUGGCAACAAUGAAAGCAGAAGCCGGCAAUGCUUUUGUUAAUGAUGUUCAAGAAAAUAACAAAACAGAUAAUAAAGAUUUUGCUGAUAUUGUUGAUGGUGACCUAAAUGCUAAAUCCGAUAGAAAAUUUGUGGCAAUAAAUGAAGCAUGGAAUACACUCAAAGAUCCCACAAAACGUAAACUCUAUGAUGCCGAAAUGCUGUUGACAAAAUUUCAAACGCACAGCAACGUCUUCGAGAGACUUACAUUAGCCGAUAUGGAAAAACAUAGCGGUAAUAAUACAAUCAAUCUUGCCAAUACUAAUCAAUCGAAUGAUAAUGAUGAUGAUGUUGUUGAUGUUGAUGUAGACGAAAAUGGAAUAUCUACGUCUGAUACAUACUAUACAUAUGAUUGCCGUUGUGGCGGUCAAUAUAUUGUGGAUGAGUCAGCGGACAAUGAAAUUUUUAACCACAAACGCAGUGAUUGUGAAGUGAUUGUUGAGUGCAACGAAUGUUCUUUAGUUGUUAUAUUAAAUGGAUGAAACGAAAAAGUUCGCAAUAAACCGCAAAUAAAAAAUUAUAAAUAAAUUAA